CUGAAAACUGAAAAACCCCACUGUUUGUUUUUUGGUUCAAGACCGCCAUUGAAGAAUCUCCUCUGCAGUUUUCAAGCAUGUCUCGCUCCAUACAUUUCAUCUGCGAAAGCAUUCCAGGAUAUGGUACACAGGAUGAUAAAAUUCUUCCCCACAUAGGAGUUUCUGGAAGAGCAGUUAGCGCGUCGACCAACCCUUCUCGUGGUGACUACAAACUCGUUUCUCACGUGAAUUUCAUAUCUUUGAGGUGUGGUUCUAGCCAAGCAUCUCAUGUAUGUCAUGCAAAUCCCAGCCAUUAUAGAAGAAACCCUGAUUUCACAAGGCAAAACAAGUACGGUUUUUCGCGCAAUAGAAAUAGGCACAACGAGGAGAUGAAUGGUGAUGAAGACCUUCAAGAAUCCGAACCCUUGACUUCCAAGAACGGACCCUCGUUUUCCUUUUCUGGAAACCGAAAAUAUCAAGCCACUACUACAACUCCGGGUCCCAGAGAAAAGGAGAUUGUCGAGCUGUUCCGCAAAGUGCAGGCACAACUUCGCGAAAAGGCAACAGCCAAGGAAGAAACAAAAGUUGAUGAUUCAAUAGGAAAUAACGAAGAGAGCGAAACUGUCGAUUCUCUUCUCAAGCUUUUGAGGAAACACUCUGCCCAGCAAGUGAAGAAAAACACUAACAGCGCCAUCAAUUCCGAUUUCCUCCUGGAUCGUGACCCUUCUUCUACUGAAGAGAGUAGCACAACCAUCUCCGACUCUAAUAAUAGUACUUCGAAGCAUGAAACGCAAGAAAGCCAAAGUCCUAUUCUAACUCGGCCAAAAUCAAUCUUCCGUAAAAGAUCUCCGGUACCUGAAAUCAAAUUCCAGCCGAUUUACUCCGAGGGCUCUGAUAAUUUAGUCCCACAUGUUACUUUGGCCCCAGAAGCUGAUGGUGAAACGGAGAUUGAGUCUGGUGUAUUUGACGAGAUAUUAGAGGAUGAAAAAUCUGAAACUUACGAAAGUGAACAUGACAACGGAGAAGGUGUUAAUCUGAGUGGAAUGAAGAUGAUUGAAUUGAGAGUUAUUGCAAAGUCCCGUGGGGUGAAGGGGUUCUCGAAGUUGAAAAAGAACGAGCUUGUUGAGUUGCUGAGUCGGAGCUCGAUUUAAUAGGUGAAUCCUGAUAGCUUGGAAGCUUGACGAAGAAACAACGUAAGUUCCAUUGUCUUAAGGUUUUAUUUACAUUGUCUUUUUUUUUGUUUAGUGUCUAUGCCUUUUGCAUUAAAAUCUGUGUGUUAACUAUGGAGGGGAUUUUAUGCAAGUUUUUGUUUGUAACAAAUGGGGAUUUGGAUUGGUGCAUGGUUUCUGUAAUACAAGUUAGAUUUAUGCAAAAUCAAUUUAUUCGUUUAA